AGCCACUUCUACAACACAGCCCCAUACCUUGAACAAACCAAGCAACAUAAUGAUGCUUCCAAACACUUCAAAAUUUGCCCUCUUUCUUUUCCUUCUGCUAUCAUCGGCUUCAUGGGCAUAUUCCAAAGCUUCAACCCUGGACAGUUUCAGCCAAUGCCUCUCCGAUAAUACCGAGAUUUUGAUACCAUUCUCUAAGGCCUUCGUCACCCCAAACAAUUCCACAUUCCUUCCCACCCUACAGUCCACUGCACAAAACCUCCGGUACUUGACCCCUUCGGUGCCAAAGCCGGAGUUCAUCUUCACUCCAUUGCUGGAUUCCCAUGUCCAAGCUGCUGUCAUUUGCUCAAAACAGCUUGGAAUUCAUAUGAGAGUCCGAAGUGGAGGCCAUGACUAUGAAGCACUCUCUUAUGUCUCCCAAACCGAAACACCUUUCAUCAUUGUAGACCUCGCCAAGCUUCGAUCAGUCAACAUUGACAUCGAAGACAACAGUGCUUGGGUCCAAGCCGGUGCCUCCAUUGGUGAAGUUUACUACAGAAUUGCAGAAAAAAGCAAAACACAUGGCUACCCUGCCGGACUCUGCACGAGUCUAGGUAUUGGCGGGCACAUUACUGGAGGGGCAUAUGGUACCAUGAUGAGGAAGUAUGGCCUUGGUGCUGACAAUGUCAUUGAUGCUCGGAUUGUUGAUGUUAGUGGCAGGAUUCAUAAUCGAGAAUCGAUGGGAGAGGAUCUGUUUUGGGCCAUCAGAGGAGGUGGAGGAGCAAGCUUUGGGGUUAUCCUCUGGUGGAAGAUCAAGCUUGUUCCUGUUCCAUCAACCGUGACAGUUUUUUCAGUUGUCAAGACCCUUGAGCAAGGCGCCACGAAGCUCCUCCAUAGGUAUCAACAAGUAGCUGCCACUGAGCUUGAUGAAGAUCUCUUCAUUAGAGUUAUCAUACAACCAACGGUCAUCGACACCAAAAGUGGUAACAAAACUGUCGCGACUAUCUACCAAGCUCAGUUUCUUGGAGGCGUUGAUAGACUCCUUGAUGUUAUGGGAACAAGUUUCCCUGAACUGGGUCUGACAAGGAAAGAUUGCACACAAACAAGUUGGCUCAAAUCUGUGAUGUUCAUAGCAGGUUACCCAAGUGGAACUCCACCUGAGGUUUUGCUUCAAGGAAAAUCCACUUUCAAGAACUACUUCAAAGCCAAGUCAGAUUUUGUCAAAGACCCAAUUCCGGAAUCUGCACUUGAGGGGUUAUGGAAACGGUUAUUCGAACAAGCCUCUCCUUUAGUGAUUUUCAACCCAUAUGGAGGAAUGAUGAGCAAGAUUUCGGAGUCGGAGAUACCUUUCCCACACAGAAAGGGAGUGCUCUUCAAGAUUCAGUACCUGACUGCAUGGCAAAAUAAAGAUGAAGAUGAAGCAGAGCAUAUGGAUUGGAUUAGGAAGCUAUACAAUUACAUGGCUCCUUAUGUUACGAUGUUCCCAAGGCAAGCAUAUGUGAACUAUAGGGAUCUUGAUUUGGGGAUUAACAAGAAGAGCAACACAAGCUUCAUUGAAGCAAGUGCUUGGGGUAACAGGUAUUUCAAGGACAACUUCAACAAAUUGAUAAAGAUCAAGACCAAAGUCGACCCUGAUAACUUCUUCAGGCAUGAACAGAGCAUCCCACCUCUUCCACUCCCUCUACGAACAUCAUCUACAACUGUGAGGUGAUCAUUAUGAAAAGCCAGAGCCAAGUGAUCAUGCUGUUUGAAGCGUCGUAAAAAUGUUAUGGGUUCUUCAUUAGUGUGUUUUAUUCAAUAGAAUGUUUGCCUGAUUAUACUGGAAUAGAAUUCAAAUAAGUCUCUGGGUAUUAAUAUUCAAAAUUGUUGUAGAAUAGUUAUGUACUCCAAUUUACAUGGGACCUGCAAUAAUAGAUUUGUUACAGGAAAGAGCUGGAAUAA